AUGUCGUCGCGCCGUCCUUCCCACGGAGCAGAGGGUCCCACCAUCCUCAGCACAGCAGACGCAAACAUGCCCAUGCGACACCCUCGUCCUUUGACUGCUGCUGAACUGCACCUCGAACUGGAGAAGGAGCAGGAAGCUGUCGUCAACCGUCUUACACGCGAGCUUUCAGCACUUCGCGCCCAACACUCUGCCUCUGUCGCCAGCAACGCUUCGCAAGCCAGCUCCAACCAAGCUCUAGAUACUGGUCUCUCACAUCCAACCCCCACCCGUCAACACCGCUCCUCGUCGACCGCUUCAAGCCGCAGCCUUAGCAACCCCUCGGCCAGUUCGAGUCACGUCAACAUUCAACACCCUCAACCUACUGCUCCUCUUGCCGGUGUUUCGCAAGCUUCUUUCGACCGUGCCGCUGCGGCAGCAGGCUCUGCUACAACAAGUUCGUCCAUCAGCCGUAACCCCUCGAUUCGCAGCACCUCAGGCCACUCGACACCAGCUCUCACUCCAGCAUCCGCUACCUCUCUUCCUCACCGCCCUUCUUUGUCGCACACCGCCAGCGCUAUCUCCACAGCAGGUUCAUUCACUCCUGGUUCCUUUACACCCGGUCCAGUCUCGCCCUACACAUCAACUUCCAGUACCGCUGAGAUUGCUUCGUCGCGUGCCGAGCUCGAGCUUGUGAAACAAGAGAAUGAAGCCCUUCGCCAACGUGUCAAGGCUCUCGAACGUGCUCUCCGCAGCCGCAGAAACAGCGUCACUUCUGACGCAAGCGCCAACACAAACAACCCCAACCCUCGCAUCGAAGCAGCUGCUGUCUCUCGCCCCAGUGUCAGUGCUUGGGCAGCAAACAUGGCUGGCAUGACCAGUGUUGCAGGACCUAGAGAAAGAAGCGAAAGUCAGAGUACCACAGCAAGCAGAAGACCCGAAGGCUUGGAAAGAGAAGAUUCUAUCCGUGUGGGUGAGAGUGCUGCAAAUGUGGGCUUGGGCUUAAAGUAG